AUGGGCUUCUUCGGUUUGAACAGGAGCAAAAAAGCUCCUGCCCACACGGAGCCAUCACUUAAAUCAGCAGCACAACCAUCACUCAAAUCAGCAGCACAAUCGCCUCCUCCUCCGUACACGAGGAAGCCGAUGGUGCCUACAACAUUGGCACCGGGAGCUCCUCCUCAACUAACCCGACCUCAGACUGCUUCACGGCCACCAGUAACCUCCCAUCUUCGGACAGCCACUCCCGUUCCACCUCAGUCUCAACCACAACCUCAAAUUCAACCUCAAUGGCACCAGCAACUGCCAAUUCCCGGGUCCGUCCCCGCUAGGCCUCGGUCGUCUGCAGGGACUACAUGCCUCACUAUCCCAUCGAGUUGGGUCACAUCCUAUCCCCCAUCAUCCUACCAGUAUGGAGAUCCUCGCCAGCAUGGCCAUCACCAGCAGCCGAUUGUGGUGAACCAAUACUAUCUUGGCCAACAACUCCCUACUGUCCACCGCCCGGCCUAUGGCUGCGCCACUGCAAACAGUGUUGUGAACAUCGGCAACUCGGUUGUCGACAUGGCCAAUGGAUGCCUGCCCGCUAGCUUUCAUGUCCGCCACCUGCCGCACCACCUUAAUGAUGGCCUUCCGGCUUGGCAUGGCUACGGCUCCCAGCUUCUCAACCAGAGCGCCGCUGCGUGCGACCGGCUUGGCCAAAGCCUUAACAGCGUAUUGACCCUGAUUGAUGGGGAUCAGUGCAAAGGUGAUGAGCGAGAACUCUUCAUGAUAAACCCGCAGGCCCCAGGCGCUGGGUCGCCGCCAGUCGCCAAAACGGAGGUAGCUUCCAAGAAGAUGGCCAGACCCGGCAGCAAGUCUGGGGAUAAGACAUCAAAACGGUCUAGCCGAAUGAGCUCACCGGAUAAGAAUUCCAAGGGGCAGACCACAGCCAUAGCAGCCAGUGUUAUUUCGGGUGACUAUUUUUCCAAAGUAGAGCUGUACGCCAACUCCAAGCUGCCAAUGGACCUGCCUUCCCUCAAGCUUUACAUGCCCACCUGGCCAAUUCUCUGCCUCGCAGCGCAGUACUCGGAGCGCGUCUACGCCCGCCCGCGUGGCGCCGAAAUGGACACACAUGUCGAUGCUGAUUGGCGUACAGGAGCCAAAGCCAUGGUGAUUAAGUCGGUUCCGAUGGAUCACAUGAACACCAUCGUCUUUGCCAUUCGCGGCAGCGCCUCCUUCAUGGACUGGGCCGUUAACCUCAACACGGCGCCAACCUCACCCCUCGACUUCCUCGACGAUCCGGGCAACUUUUGCCACGCCGGUUUUCUGUCCGUUGCCCGCAAGAUGAUCGCCCCGGUUGCCGCCCGUCUCAGAAAGCUGCUGGAGGAGGACCCCGGCCGCAGCACAUACUCCCUACUAUUGACAGGCCACAGCGCCGGCGGGGCCAUUGCGGCGUUGCUGUACGCCCACAUGAAAAAUCAAGUCGUGAGCUCGGAGCUCUCAAACCUCGCAGGAUGUUUCCGCCGCAUCCACUGCGUUACCUUUGGCGCGCCACCCGUGAGCCUGCUGCCCUUGGCUCCUCUUGACUCCGACAAGAAAAGCCUUUUCCUGAGCUUCGUAAAUGAGGGUGAUCCCGUGGCGCGGGCCGACAUGGCGUACGUCAAGAGUCUGUUGGAGCUGUUUGCUGCCGCUGCGCCCACAAAAAGCAAAGACAAGGAUAGUAGCAAGUCAAAGAGCAGCAGCAGUAGUAGUAGCAGCAAAUCAGACAAGGACAAGAAGCGAUCUUCGUCAUCCACCGCAUCCGUAUCCAGCAAGUCUUCCUCAUCUUCCGACAAGAAGAAGACGUCGUCCUCGAAACCUACCUGGAAGCUCCCACCCAGUACACUCAGCAACGCAGGGAGGAUCGUGGUCCUGCGGUCGGGCGACCCGAAGCGGGCUAAGAAGGCUUGCAGCGACCGUCGCACGGUAGAGGAACGGCUGAACGAGGGGGUGGUUGCACAGAUUGUAACGGACCAGCAGCUGCGCACCGUCGUCUGGGGAGACCCCGCGGCGCACCUGAUGCGCCUGUAUUCCGGUCGGAUCGAGACGCUUGCUGUUGGUGCUGUCACGGCGAGGGAUCAUUGA